AUGACCACCUACGGCAGCCCAUCGCAAGGUCCCUCCAAGGGCCAAGGGCUGCUCCGCAAUCUCAUCUGCCACCUCUCCUUCUCCCUCGAUGCCAUCUGCUUCAUCAUAGCAUUCUGGAUCGUCGAUCAGUGCACAUUUGGCACCGCUGAGAGGAGAGCAAGGCAGGAGGCCGACAAAGCUAAGAAGGAAGAAGAGAGGAGGAAAAGGGAGCAGGAUAAGGCGGGGUAUUUCGGAAAGUGGUGGAAGAGAGGAGAGGAAGAGAAACCCAUAUUAUCUGAAUCGCCCUCUUCCAACUAUCACGCCACUAGCGAGCCAGUCUUGAAGAUUCCCUCUGAUCUCGCCUCGGCGCAGACCCCUCCAGCACGCUCCUUCACAGCCGAUGCUGCUUCACCACGGCCUCAAUCACCCAGCUCGCCCACUACUCGCGAGCUUCAUCACUUUCAGAAGAAGAUUCUCAAAAAGCAGAUGGCAAGGUCAUUGAGCCUGGCUGUUGUGCUGCGCAGACUGUUCCUCACUUCGCUGAUGGUAUCGUCGCUGUUUCUUGGCUGCCUGCUGAUAGGGCUGGAUGUGAAGAAGCACAUGAAAGGAGCGGUAGGAUGGCAGUGA